CGGCUCGGGCGUUAACGAUCGUUUGUAUAAAAGGAUCCGACGCUCGUCGUCUAACAUCAGAAGCAAUUCAAGCGUUCUAAAAGCUCAUCCAGCAAUCCCCAACAACACCAAACUACCUACAACCAUGAAGUGCAUCGUUGCCGCCGUUGCCAUCGUCGCCCUGGCCGUCGCCGCCGAGGCUGGAUACCCGUACGCUGGCUAUCCUUACGCCGGAUACGGUGCCACCGUCAUCCAGGCUAACGCCCCAGCCUGGCCGUACGCCGGAUACCCAUAUGCUGCUGCCGCCUACCCGUACGCCCAUGCCGCUGCCUACCCCGCUGCCAUCGCUGCCUAUGCUGCCCCGCACGCCGCCAUCCUGGCCGCUCCCCAUGGCCCAGCUGCCUCGGUUGCCCACCAUGCCGGAGUUGUCCCUGGAGCUACCUCGGUCACCGCUACCCGCGGUGCCGUCCAUGUUGCCCCUCUGCCCGGCCAUGCCGUGUCGCAGAAGCAGCUGAACCUGGCCCCGGCUCCCGGAACUCUGUAAGCUGGAACGCUUUGAUUAGCGCUUAAGGAUACGAUCGGAAAAUUCGGAACAAAGGAUGUGUGUGAUAAGCCGGAGGAACUAGUGCUACCCGAAA